CUUCAAAACGUAUAAAUCUUUCGCCUUUUACGUAUCCGAAAAUGUCAAAAAUGUUUUGGCUGGAUUGAGGGUUUUUAAUUGAUAAUUUUAAUAACCAUCUAAGUUUUUAUUUUUUUAAGUCAUGUUUUCAAACUUACUAUCGCUUCGUGGCGUAGCUGCAAUUGUAAAUAUUUUCUCGAGACAAACGAAGUUGCAGAGGAAUGUACCUAACCUUACCAAUUUUAGUACAACUUCUGUUGCCUGCGUGAAUUUCUUCAAUAAAUUGCCUGCUGAAAAGUUAUGGAAGUCUGUGACAUCAGUAAGUAAUGCUGGUGCCAAGAAAGGCCGUGGUAAAGGAGCUGGACGUAUUAGAAUUAGAGACUUGAAUCGUGGGCAAGUUAUUGGUAUAGGAAGAAUCAAUAUGCUGUGGCCAGGUUUAUCAGCACCUGUUAUAAGGGGUAGAGAAUUAUUGAAACAACAACGCUUGCCAGAUGAUCCCGAAAGGAUGGAAAAACUAACCAAAUUAAGAGACUCAAUGACAAAGUUUCGAAGAUUGCGGUUAAGUCCCAUUGAGAGAGGUUGGUCUGGUACUCGCAUGCCAGGUCGUAGCAUAGGACCCCCAGAUCCUAUAGGAGAAGAUGAGUUCGUUGGUUUUGAUACAAAAGUCCUCCAAUUGAGAUCAUUGCUCAUAAUGAAAGGAAACCUUGGUCGUACUAGGAAUUAUCAAGCUAUGGUUGUCACUGGGAAUGGUCAAGGUCUUGCUGGAUUUGGCCUUGGGAAAGGAAAAGAGGCAGUUGCUGCAUUGAGAAAGGCAAAGAAUAAAGCCGGACAAAAGUUGAUGCAUUUUGAAAUUUAUAACGGUCAUACAGUAUUUCAUGAUUUCUAUACUGCCUUUGGAAAAACUAAAAUCUUUGUGCAAAAGAAAAACGAAGGCUAUGGAUUAAGAUGUCAUAGAGCUAUCAAGGAAAUAUGUCAGGCUAUUGGGAUCAAGGAUUUAAGGGCAAAGUUAGAAGGUUCUAACAAUCUACAGAAUAUUGUGAAAGCAUUCUUUAUUGGUCUAUUGCAACAGAGGACUCAUCAGCAGCUCGCUGAAGAGAAGAAACUCCAUUUGGUGGAAUACAGAGCAGAAAAUGAAUAUUUCCCUACAGUUGUUGCUAGCCCUAGUAAAGUUCGAACUAAGGAAGAAAUACUCAAGGACGAAACUCUAGAUUUCAUUCAAUAUGUAAUGGAUGAUAGAGUCAUUUUGAGGAAAAAGAAAUUCCCACGCUUCUAUGAAAAAAUGCCUCAUUAUAAAAUUUAUUUGAAGAAGUAUGAGAAGUACAGGAAUCAUGAGAAAAUUCGUUUAAUGUUAAAAACUGAGUAUGGAGAAGUUAAGAGUUUCCUCAAUGACCGAUAUCCUGAGGAGAAAGUUGAAAGUGAAGCUUAAAUAGAUUAGUAUGUAAAAGUAUAGUACGAUAGUCAAUAAAUCCUUAUUUAAUAUU